AUGGCAGACAUCUCCGAUAAUGAGCUCGAUGAGUUCGAUGCUGGCAGAGAUAAGAUUUUGCUAGAACAAGCAGGUGAUUAUCUUCAACAAAAAGACUCCGAUGCAGAAGAUUCAGAGGAAGAGGUCCUUGGUCUCAGAAACGAGGAGGUUUCCGAAAGUGAGGAAGAUGACAUGGAUGACAUUGAUGGACAGGCCGAAGAGGAAGAAGAAGAUUCCGACCCAGAGGGCUGGGGUUCCAAGAAGAAUUACUACGGAGGUGACGAUGACAGUGAUGAUGAUGAGAUGGCUGCCGAAGCUCUCAGGCAACAAAAGAAGCAUUUACAGGACCUUGCCAUGGAUGACUUCGUGGACGAAGACAUGAUGGAAGAUUGGUCUAAGAAAGCACAAGAUCAUGACGCCCAAGAAUCGAAGGACGUUGUGGUUCAAGAUGAGGAUUUGGACUUGGACCUGUUAGAUGACGAGGAAAAGUAUAAGUUCUUGACAGGUUCAUUUCCGGAAUUUGUGCCAUUACUCAAAGAAUUCAACAGUCUUACUCCGACAUUAGAGGAGCUCGAGAAAAACUCCCAACCAAAUGCCCUGGUGGAAGCAAAACUCGUUGCAGUACGUGCCUACUUGGCCUCGAUAUCGUCAUACUUUGCAUUACUCGCCGAGAGAUUGGGUGGCUCUGAAAAAUUCACCAGCAUGAAAGAUGACCCCGUAAUGGAGCUGAUUCUUCUGAGCAGAGAGGUCUGGAGACAGGCCAAUGAGUUGAGUUUGGAAGAAACAGCACCUUCGCAGGGUGACGAGGAUAUCAAUGAGAUUGAAGAAGAGGUCGAAUCCGAGGACGACGUUCCACAGCAGCCAGUCUUGACAGAUUCAGAGGAAGAAGAAGAAGAGCUGGUCAGUGAAGAAGAACCCACCACAGAACCAGAGACUGAAGUUGCACCCAAGAAACGUGUUCCAAGAGAUGUGCCAACUUCGUUGGGAGAUUACUCCGAGCAGAGUGCUAUUGACGCUGGCGACCUUCUUGAGAAGAACCGUCGUAAGAAGUCAUUACGGUUUUACACCGCCAAGAUCAACAAGGCUUCCAACAAAAGAGACCCCGAUGAACAGUUUGCUGGUGACGCCGAUUUGCCAUACAAAGAGAGACUCUUUGAGAGGCAACAGAGGCUUAUGGAGGAGGCUCGUAAAAGAGGUUUGGGUGGCAAAGAUAGCAUUGGUGAUGACUUGGAUGGUAAUGACCUAGACAGUGGUGAUGAAAGAGAUGUCACCAACAUUAAUGACAUGGAUGGUGCUGACUACUACGAGACCAUGAAAAAUGCCAGAGACAGCAAGAAGCAGGCUAGACGCUCUGCUCAUAAUGAUGCUAAAAAGGCUGCUAGAGAUGGUAAGUUGGCCGAUUUGGCCGAAACGGCGGAUGAAAACGGCAAGAGAGCUCUUAAUUUCCAGAUCCUUAAGAACAAGGGUCUCACGCCGAACAGAAAGAACGACAACAGAAAUGCCAGAGUCAAGAAGAGAAAGAAGUACGACGCCGCCAAGAAGAAGCUCAAGUCUGUCAGACAAGUCUACGAUCAAAACAACCGCGGUCCAUACCAGGGAGAGAAGACCGGUAUCAAGAAGGGCAUGUCUCGUUCGGUCAAGUUGGUUUAA